AUGGUAUAUUUUUCUUUCCCAAAAAAGAACAAAACAUUCAUUUCUUGUCCGUGUCAGUCUUCUUCAAAAAGCUUGCUUGCUACGUUGCAUUACCAGUACUACACUCUCUCACUCUGCUCUACAAAUUUCCUCACAAAUUCCCAAAAAUUUCAAAAUUUAAUUGUUAUGAAGAAAAUAGAAAUGAAAAGCUCUAAUCUAGACUUGUCUCUAGAUGACAUAAUCAACAAAAACAAAGCAAAAAUACGUUCCGACAGAGGCCUCACCGGCACCGGAGCCGGAACCACCGUAACGAGGGACGCCGUAUUGAGUUCUGAACCGGGUGAUCACUGUGUUCGCCGGUUUGUUAACCGUGAACAAACCAGACCGAGCCCUUACCCAAUGCGAGCUAGUACGAUGAUGCCGAUCAGAAGUGGAGGAGGGUUUAAGGAGGAAUCAGAAGCUAAGAUUUACAUAUCAAACUUGCAUUAUGCUGUAUCUACUACUGAUAUUCAGUUGCUUUUCUCUGAUGUUGGUGAAUUGAGAAGUCAAUCAAUCCAUUAUGAUAGAAGUGGAAGAUCAAAGGGAACAGCCGAAGUUGUAUUUGCUCGUCGAAUAGAUGCUCUCGCAGCUAUAAAGAAAUACAACAACCUUCCACUUGAUGGCAAGCCAAUGGUACUUGAACUUGUAGGAGGUGAUUUGCUUCUGCAUUCAACUGAAACUGGCAUCAUGGCAGAACCCGUUGAUACUGUAUUCAAUAGAUUGUCCCGUGAUGGUGGUCGAGAAGACAUUGAUGCUAGAGGUUGGAGACACAGUGGCUUAUGUGAUCGAGAAUUUACACAGACCCGGGAUCAAGGAAGGGACCUUGGUGAGAAACCAACUGCAGAAGAUCUCAAUGCUGAUAUGGAGAGAUACCGCCUUGAAGCAAUUAAUUUAAAAAAGCUCUUCCGAUGAUUUUUGACAGACGCAAAGUGAUAGAAUCAUCAUCAUAGAUUCAUAGUCUAACUCAAGCAAGGCACAGUGUUUUUGAGAAUAGUUUAAAAUCACUGCAUUUAUUAACUGGUUAUUUUGCCUAAGAAUGUAUAUACAUAUGCUUUUGAGUAGUUAGAAUAGUAUCGGAUAUGUGGUGAUAGAAUGAACAUAUUGGAGAAAUGAUCGACUAGUUGAAGGUUUUUGAUUUCUUAUU